AUGGAUGACCCGGCUAUCAUGGCUUCCAAACCUCACACUACAUUAGCGCCACCAGCCACUCUAGGUUCCUUGACCUUCAUCCCAGCAAUCAAGAGCGACAGCUUGGAAGAACUCUACCUCUCCAGUAAUCAAAUCACGAAUGUGGGGUUUCACAGAUGGGCAACUCCAAAAUUGCGGAUACUCUCGCUCUGGAAUAAUUCAUUGACCUCUGUCCCAGCAUUCAAGAGCGACAGUCUGGAAGAACUCUACCUCUCCAGUAAUCAAAUCAGGAAUGUGGGGUUUCACAGAUGGGCAACUCCGAAACUGAGGAUACUCUCGCUCUGGAAUAAUUCCUUGACCUCUGUCCCAGAAUUCAAGAGCGAAAGCUUGCAGGAACUCGAAAUCAGUUGUAAUAAAAUUAGGAAUGUAGAGUUCCACAAAUGGGCAACUCCGAAAUUGAGGACCUUGAAGCUCUGGAACAAUUACUUGACCACCAUCCCAGCAAUCAAGAGCGACAGCCUGGAAGAACUAUAUCUCUAUAGUAAUCAAAUCAAGAAUGUGGAGUUUGACAGAUGGACAACACCGAAGUUGAGGAUACUCUCGCUCUGGAACAAUUCCUUGACCUCUGUCCCAGCAUUCAAGAGCGACAGCCUGGAAGAACUCUAUCUCAAUAAUAAUCAUAUCACGAAUGUGGAUUUCGACAGGUGGGCAACACCGAAAUUGAGGAUACUCUCCCUCUGGAACAAUUCCUUGACCUCUGUCCCAGCCUUGAAGAGCAAUAGCUUGCAGGAAAUCGAAAUCAGUUAUAAUAGAAUUAGAAAUGUAGAGUUCGACAGAUGGGCAACUCCGAAAUUGAGGACCUUGAAGCUCUGGAACAAUUACUUGACCACCAUCCCAGCAAUCAAGAGCGACAGCCUGGAAGAACUAUAUCUCUAUAGUAAUCAAAUCAAUAAUGUGGAGUUGGACAGAUGGGCAACACCGAAAUUGAGAAUACUCUCUCUCUGGAGCAAUUCCUUGACCUCUGUUCCAGCCUUCAAGAGCGACAGCUUAGAAGAACUAUACCUGUCUAGUAAUCAAAUCAAUAAUGUGGAGUUGGACAGAUGGGCAACACCGAAGUUGAGGAUACUCUCGCUCUGGAACAAUUCCUUGACCUCUGUCCCAGCCUUGAAGAGCGAUAGCUUGCAGGAACUCGAAAUCAGUUAUAAUAGAAUUAGAAAUGUAGAGUUCGACAGAUGGGCAACUCCGAAAUUGCGGACCUUGAAGCUCUGGAACAAUUACUUGACCACCGUCCCAGCAAUCAAGAGCGACACCCUGGAAGAACUCUAUCUCUAUAGUAAUCAAAUCAAGAAUGUGGAGUUUGACAGAUGGGCAACACCGAAGUUGAGGAUACUCUCGCUCUGGAACAAUUCUUUGACCUCUGUCCCAGCAUUCAAGAGCGACAGCCUGGAAGAACUCUAUCUCAAUUCUAAUCAAAUCACGAAUGUGGAGUUUUAUAGAUGGGCAAUUCCGAAAUUGCGUAUACUCAGGCUGGACAUGAAUUUCUUGACCUCACUUCCAGCUUUCAAUAGCCAUGAGUUAUUAGACCGUUACAAAAAUAAAAAAAGAUGCAUACGAGGUGGGAAAUACCACAUCGGAAGUAAAGUGAACUACACGUGUGAUAACUAUUACACUCUUCGGGGUCCACGUGUUCGGACAUGUGGAGCGAAUGAAGAAUGGACUGGCCCAGAUCCCCUCUGUGAACCUGUGUGCGGAAGGAGGGGAAAUCUGGUUCUAGCGGGUCAGCGAUUGGUCCGUGGAGGGAAGGAAGCAUCUCCGGGGUCUUGGCCUUGGCAAGCGGCCAUAUAUGAUGUGGAGCUGAAAGAUCUCAUUUGCGGAGGCGCUCUGAUUGGAAGACGAUGGGUUCUCACUGCCGCACAUUGCGUCGUGGACGACAAUCACGACAGUACAUUUACAAUUCGAGAUGUGGAAGAUUUCUUCGUCUAUCUCGGGAAGCACUAUCGAAACGUGUCCAAGGACGAUAAAUUCGUGCAAAAGAUGAAGGUGACUCAGAUCAUCGUGAAUGAAGAAUACUCCGGCUGGGAAUCCGACAUUGCCCUGCUGAAACUACACGAGUCGGCUAAUCUGACGGCACGGGUUCAAUUGAUCUGUCUUCCGUCCAUUGAUGUCCUGUCAGAUGACUUUUUUGACGGUUCUCAAGAUGAAUUAAGCGUUCCUCACGGAGGAAAGGUGGCAGGCUGGGGAAGAGACGCCUCGGACCAGGCAACGGAUGUCUUGACUGAAGUGCGACUGACAGUUAUACCAAAGCGUGAAUGCCGAAAUAGAAUCCACAUGAUGACAGAAGAUAUCCCUACUUCCAUAACAAGGAAGACGUUUUGUGCAGGAGAACGCAAAAAUGCCACCUCAAUAGAGAAUGAGGAUGGAAAAGAAUACAGGACGGUGUGUGAAGGGGAUUCGGGGAGUCCCAUUGUCUUCGCCUCUAAUAGUCUUCUGAAAAGUCAAUGGGUUGUCGAAGGAAUCGUCAGUCAUAUCUACACAAAAUCGGGACAGAAUUGCUCCAAUUAUGAACCUGGCCAGUAUGGUGUGUUCAUUAGAGUCAAUAAAGGAGGGAAGGGAGAGGCACAUGGUGGGCAGUGUGGGUGGGAAGUCGUGAGAGGUGCUGGAAGGCUGGGUGUUGGAAGGCUGGGUGUUGGAAGGCUGGGUGUUGGAAGGUUGGGUGUUGGAAGGUUGGGUGUUGGAAGGCUGGGUGUUGGAAGUGUAGAGGCAGGCAGGUUGGGAUAG